UUGCUCCAACCAACUCUAUAAAGGUUCUCUGCCCCCAAAACCCUCACAAAACCCCCAAGACUAAUUCCAUACGGGAUCACAAUGGCAACCCCAGAAACCACUCGAUCACCUUGCCCCGAUCGCAUAUUGGAUGACCUAGGCGGCGCCUUUGGCAUGGGCUUCGUGGGCGGAUCGGCUGUCCACUUCCUGAAAGGCAUCUACAACUCCCCAAAAGGCGAGCGAAUCAUUGGAGGCUCACAAGCCGUCCGUAUGCACGCCCUUCGUAUCGGCGGCCGCUUUGCCGCCUGGGGUGGUCUUUUCUCCGCUUUUGACUGUUCCAUGGUAUAUCUAAGGCAAAAAGAGGAUUCCUGGAAUUCCAUCUUCGCAGGUGCCGCCACAGGCGGAUUCCUCCAGAUGCGCCAAGGCCUCGGCCCGGCUUCCCGCUCGGCUCUCUUCGGCGGCGUGCUCCUCGCGCUUAUAGAGGGGGCUGAGAUCAUGUUUGAUAAGGUCACAAGCGGCCCGCAGAAUAUGCCUAUCUUUGUUGAGGACUUUCCAGAUGGGCUGCCCAAUAAUGUCCAGUCUCCGAACAAUAUGGAUCUGCCACAACCCGCCUCCACGUCCCCUUGGUAUGCACGGUGGUUCGGUGGUGAUGAGGAGGAGGAGAAAAAGAGUGGCGGAGGGAAGACCGAGAUUUUGGAGAGCUUUGAUUCGCCCAUGCCACCAAGCUUUGAGUUGAAGUGA